AUGGCUAAGGGAAAGCAAGCAGCUGGUGGUAAAGGAAAAGGAGGUGGAGGAGGAGACAAGGAAAAGAAGGACGAUGGCAAGUUGAAGCCCGCUCAAAGCGUCAAGGUUAGACACAUUUUGUGCGAAAAGCAUAGCAAGGCUAUGGAAGCCUUGGCUAAAAUCAAGGAGGAAAACAUGAGAUUUGACAAGGUCGCUGAACAAUACAGUGAAGACAAGGCCAAAGCAGGAGGUGCUCUUGGCUGGAUGAACCGUGGUGGAAUGGUCGGUGCAUUUCAAGAUGCAGCAUUUGCUUUACAACCCAGUUCCUGCGAUAAGCCCAUCUUGACUGAUCCGCCCGUAAAGACCAAGUUUGGUUAUCAUAUCAUCAUGGUGGAGGACCGCAAAUAA